GCCACCUAAGCCCCGCCCCGUUUCCCUCAGCGGCUCCUCAGAGAGCGGCUGGCGGUUUGUGUGGCGGCGCCGGCGGGCCGGUCCUUCUUGUGUGCCUCUCGCUCUCUUUCUCCUCACACACACAGAGACACGGCCUGCCGGGCAAGGGGAGGGUGGAGUCCAGCCCCUUGUCGCCUUUCCUCUCCUCUUCCCUCCCUCUCAUUUCCCCCUCCUUCUUCACCCCCACUCCCCUCCUCUUCCUCCUCCUCCCCUCACGGACAACAACAUGGCGGCGGUGUCGGGGGCAGCGGCGGGCAGCUGUGCCAGCCUCGCCGGGGGCCCGGAGAUGGUGCGAGGGCAGAUCUUCGACGUGGGGCCUCGCUACACCAACCUCUCCUACAUCGGGGAAGGGGCUUACGGGAUGGUCUGUUCAGCACAUGACAAUGUGAAUAAAGUUCGGGUGGCCAUAAAGAAAAUCAGUCCUUUUGAACACCAGACUUACUGCCAGAGAACUCUGAGAGAGAUCAAAAUCUUACUGCGCUUCAAACAUGAAAAUAUUAUUGGGAUCAAUGACAUUAUUAGAGCUCCAACAACUGAACAGAUGAAAGAUGUAUACAUUGUGCAAGAUCUAAUGGAGACAGACCUUUACAAGCUCUUAAAGACUCAACAUCUCAGCAAUGACCACAUCUGUUAUUUCCUUUACCAGAUCCUGAGAGGAUUAAAAUAUAUCCAUUCAGCCAAUGUGCUGCAUCGUGACCUCAAACCUUCCAACUUGCUGCUAAACACCACUUGUGAUCUCAAGAUCUGUGACUUUGGACUGGCUCGUGUUGCAGAUCCAGAUCAUGAUCACACUGGGUUCCUGACAGAAUAUGUAGCUACACGUUGGUACAGAGCUCCUGAAAUCAUGUUGAAUUCUAAAGGUUAUACCAAAUCUAUUGAUAUCUGGUCUGUAGGCUGUAUUUUGGCGGAGAUGCUAUCAAACAGACCCAUCUUUCCAGGAAAACACUAUCUUGAUCAGCUGAACCACAUCCUUGGAAUACUUGGAUCUCCUUCUCAAGAAGACUUGAACUGCAUAAUCAAUUUGAAAGCCAGAAACUAUUUGCUUUCUCUUCCGUACAAAAACAAGGUGCCAUGGAACAGGCUGUUUCCAAAUGCUGACCCCAAAGCUCUUGAUUUGCUGGAUAAAAUGUUGACCUUCAACCCUCAUAAAAGAAUUGAAGUGGAAGAAGCUUUGGCGCAUCCAUAUCUAGAGCAGUAUUAUGAUCCAAGUGAUGAGCCUGUAGCUGAAGCACCCUUCAAGUUUGACAUGGAGCUGGAUGACUUACCAAAGGAAAAACUGAAAGAACUGAUUUUUGAGGAAACUGCUAGAUUCCAGCCAGGAUACAGAUCCUAAAUGACAUACAGGAAAAAGGAGUUCAAGGGCUGGACAUACUCCACAUAGAUGUUAUCUUCCUGGUUCUUUAUCUAUGGUCAUGCCUUGUGGCCUAUUUCAGCUUAUCCACUAACCACUUCAAGCCAUUCAGGAGAACCAUUUCUGGUAGUCCUGGCUUUUAUGCUUUCAAUGGAUUCUUUAUUUAUGCCUGAAAAAAUUGUCACUGAUAUUCCUGUGUGUAAUGUCCAUUACUGACCUUUAUGCAGUACUGUACUUCCAUAUGCACCUACUGCUGACAAUACUGCUUCCUUUUCUGUUUUGAAAGAUGCAGUGUUUCAUCCCCAGAUUUUAACCUAGAAGUGGCAGACAAAGAUUUCUACAUCGUGAACUGUUUUAUUUUCUAGAUUUGUUUUGUUAGUAGCAUUUUUAUUUUUUAAAGAAAAAGCUACAAUUUAGGGCACUUUAAGUCAGUGGCAUCCUCCACUCUUUUGCACUUCUUUAAGCAGUAGUGGUUACUAACAUGCACAGUGCAGAUGGACUGAGUGACAGUACAGGUGACAUUAAUAUUAAAAUCAUGCGCUUGCUCUGAUUUCUUCUACACAUGUAAAUUAUUUAUUGCAGGGCAUUUUACUAGGACAUCCAGAAAUCUUGCUUUGUUAACCAAACCUUAAUGAUGGGCGGGGGGCCGUUCUGUCACCUCUUUCAGCAGUCCUAGGUACGUCAACAAUUUUCAAUUUGAAUGGUACUCCCAAAGCAUCUACUGUCAUAUUUGAAAGAUAUUCAUAUCCUAAGCAUGUUUACUCGGAAGUAAAUCCCAGUGAGUUCAGUAGGACCAGUAGGUAUUCUUAGAAUGAUAGCCUUGCAGACAGAAAGUAGCAGCUCAAUAGCAGUGAGAGAGUAAUUUAGAUAACCACAUUUCAUCUUCGGUAGUUUUCCGUUGUGGAAAGGCGCCAUGUGGUAUUCAUUAGUGAGUGGAAAUAUUCAUAUGAAUAUGUUGAACUCAGUCUACAUAUUAAAUAUCAAUGAAACACUUCAGGUAUCUUUACAAUUUUUGAAUUUACACGGAGGGCUCUGACAAAGGAACACUGCAUCUUUGAAUAAGAAAUUUAGAAUUUACCUUGCUGUAAUCUUCCCUGUGGUGAUAAGCUCUGAUUUGAUCUACUGCUCAGUUAAAUUGUUUAUUGAUAAUGCUGAUUUAGGGCCACCAAACGAAGCUAUCACUAAAUCAUGUUUCAUUGAACACUUUACCUUUUCUAAUGAUAGCUCUUUAAGUAUUUGUUUCUGAAACUGUAUCAUGUGGAGUUUACUAGGUGUAAUGUUCCAGUGCAGUGCCUCCUUUACUUUCCCCACUGCUCUGUGGUGAGAAAUUUGCCUUGUUUAAGAUAAUUACUGUGCCCUCGCAUGACUGUUACAAGCUUUCUGUGCAAAGAUGAUUGUCUAAGUGCCACAUGCCUACAAUUGAAAAAGUUACCUCCGAGUUGUGUUGAAUUAAAUUCUAUCCAGCAAAUAACUUAGGAAAAAAAUAGUUUUGUUUUAGCUGUUUUUUCUCUGCUCUGUUGUGUUUUGGCAGCAGUGAAGAAUAGACUGUAUAAAGAACGCUUACUAAUGCGAACAAAGACGCACUUGUAAUUAAUCAAAAAUAAAUUUUAAUCUUGUAUCUUUACAUUAACCUUUCAAAUAAUUUUAUUUGCUCUUUGAUAAAGCAUUUAGAUGGGAAUCUGACGUCUGUUGUAUUAAAGGACACUUGCUGGUGAUAGCACUAAUUUUAUCUGCAGUAUAAUUUAGAAAGCAUUAACCUAGACUCUUGGCAGCUCUUAUCAUUUUACAUAUUUACUGAGAUUGACAGAACAACUCCCAAGUAAUGAUACAUAGGAUGGUUCCAGGCCCCUGUCCACCUCAAGUUAGUGAUAACCAAAUCCCAUUGAAAGUAUUGGGACACUGGUUAGUCACACCUAAAAUCCUUUUGAUUGGUUCCAAUGGGGCAUGCUGCGCAACCCUAAGCAUGUUUACUUGUCUCAUUGAGACUUAAGCUGCAAUCCUAUGCACACUUACCUGGGAGUAAGUCCCAUUGAACUCAAUGAGGUUUACUUCUGAGUAAAUGACUUUAGGAUUGUAGCUACAGACACUUUAACUGAAUUCGGGGCCCAGUAUAAAAGGGUGCUUACAGGACCCAAAAUCCAAACAUUUUCUUAAUGAAUAAUUUAGGAAUUUGUUUAAGCAGACUAACUUUUAGUAAACAAAAGUUUGUCUUCAAAGGGCAUUUUCUAUUAACUCUUAUGGUCCAUAGUACUACUUCUUUGUAAACCACGAGUAGGGGACAUAGUUGGGAAAACUGCGAAGAUGUCAGUUUUAUUAGGAUUCUAUACUUCGCUGUUUGUACUCGGGUGGAAACUUUUCUUGGUCGUUUUACAAAUCAUAUCUUAGCCAAAUGCCUGCACCUCAUUCAGUUUAUAGCCCUAGGCUCUGCCUGUACGAUCAUUACAGAAUUAACUUGGUGAGUUUUGACUGUUAGAAAAGCUCUACUGAAAUAACACCACCGUUUUAUUAAGAGCUUUGCCAGCUUUUCAUUUACUCCUUGCAGUUAUGCUUUGGAGAUUUAACUUUAGUAGUAUGAACAUUACCUUGGAUUUACAACUCUACAAAAGAAGCCAUGGGCACAAUUUACUAAUAUCUGGUGCUUUGAGGCAUUACUUCUGUCUGCUUUUAAAACAGAUUGACUUGAAAGCACUAAUUGCAGACAUCAAAUGUUUUAAGGAGUGAAAUUCCACCUUGAGCAUAAAAGCAGGAUUUUCAACAGGAAAUAUUUUUAAGAUAAAUGCUUAUACCAAUGGGUUUUUAUUACCUGUCUAUUUCUGCAUGACUGUCCCAGGAAUUCCUACUAAAGUGAUGGAGAACAUGAGCUCAUGUUACCAAUAUAGGUAUGCAGUUAUACUAAAGUUUGUUCAGGGAUCUUUGGUAUAAGAAAUGCGUAUUUUGGGUUUCAUGUGAGUUGAGUGCAGAAUGUGCAUAUUCACCGGUCACUAUAUGAAAUCCUUUGGAUAGCUUCAUAUUCAGCUUGGAGACUAUGCAUAUUGAUCAGGCAAAAUAUAUACACUAUUCAUUCUGUCAGUUUGUGCACAUUCUCCGUUCAGCUCCUGUAAGCUGCAACAUAUGCAAGCUGCCAAACAUUCCAGUCUUCGGCUAGUAAGACCCUGCAAUUCAGUGGUAUAAUCCAAGAAAAUUAUGUUUCCUGGCUGUGAUUGAUUGAACUUUUGCUUUCUGAGGCCUACUCCCUCCUGCCCCAAGCCAUACGUGUGUGCCAUACAUGGGAAGCCUCGUAAUGUGUGUUUUAAUUGGUAACUGCAUUAUCACAUAGGUAAGAUAUGAGAGCUGCAGGAGGACUUUGGUAAUUGAAGGCAACCAAGUUUGUUUCUGCUUUAAAAUACUUAAAUAUGAAGCCGCCUUAGAGAGAGUCAGAUCAUUGGCACAUCUACCAAAGUACUUGCAGUGGCUCUCAAAUAUCAUUAAUAGGGAGGUUUUUCCCAGCCCUGCUCUGCGAUAUUUUUUUAAGCCGGAGGUGCCAGGGAUUGAACCUUGGACUUUGGGGCCAUGCAGACCUUAUUGCUUCUGCUACUGAGCAUAAUGUGCUAUAUACUACGUGCUACACUAUGGUAUAUUUAUAAUUUGUCAGAAAUACAUCAGCCAAGAAGCUGUCAUGGGGAUUGUAAAUUCUUAAAGGGUACGUUGGUUUCUGUAAGUUCAGUAUCUAUCCCAAAUGCUUGCUUAAUAAACCAAUUUUUAAAAUAGCUCAGAUAGGGGUAUACAUACUUAUGAUUUCACUUUUAGUCCUUUGCAUAGUACUUCUAUAUUUAUAAAGCAAUGUUUUGAAGCAAUCCCAAGUUUAAGGGAAAGUAUUUUUGUAAGUGUUGCAGUUUAAGUCCAAGAAAUCCUUUUCACAUGAGUCUAAAAUGCAUUUAUGCUUUGGCUUGAAUGAUUUGUCUGAAAUACAAAACGCUAAUGAAAAGUGCACCUUGGUGAAGUUCAUCCUAGCCAUCAGUGUUGUAGCAUGUGCUGUGAUCAGAACUGAAGUGAUAUAUUGGAAGAAAUUCAACCAUAGGACUAACCUUGUGACCCCAGAAGAAACUUGUAAAGGCUGCAGCAGGUUUACUUUCUAUUGUUGCCUUUUCUUGUGGUGUUUCAACGUAGAGCACUCCCAAGGAAAUAUUUCUGCUUUUGUAUUUGCUUUGUACUGUUGGUGCCUUAGUCAUGUACCCCAAACAUCCCGCACAGCUAAUUUUAGUUAAUGGUAAGAUUUAAAACCUAAAACGAAAGCAAAAUUUUAUAACGGUUUUCUGUAUGUUGUUACAUUAUAACAACUAAACGUUUAUAUUGUGUGACAGAUUUGUGAUUUGUUUAUUAUGAUAUGUAUAGAAUGACUGUGAGUAGAAAAGGUUUAUAUUUCAUCUUCUGUUGAUGUAAACGUAUAUACUUUUUUUUAAUUAAAUGUCUUUUUAGUAUAUGCCAUCUGAUUCUUGUAUAAACAAAUGUGAAUAAAUCAUUAAAUUGUGAUCCUGGAUUACCAAA